AUGGCUCAACACUCCGACGAAGUGGAUCGGCUCCUUCGCGCGAUCAUGCCACAAGCUCCUGAAGUCCUGCACCACGUCUUUGCACUUGAAGGAGCCAACGAGGUCCUGCUGGGACUGAACACAGUAGAGAGUAAAGUGGCAUACCUGGUCCAUAUCAUUGCCAUCGAACUGUACAAGGCCAGCAAAGCGAUCAGCCCGAAAAAUAUCUCUUUGGGUCCAAACGACCUUCGAUUCCACAUCCUGCGGUCGGAUGACUUGUUUGUCUCCUACCCUUACCACAUCACCUUGCUCGAUCUCGGAGAGCUCGAGGAUCUGUAUUACGCAGCCUGCGCAAAGCUCAAAGAACUACUCCAAGGAGUAGACAUUCUCUUGACGAAUAACUUCAAAGGUGUUCACGACACAUACUUUGCCUAUCACAACGAGCCACUUCGUAGCCUCGGCCCCAUCAGCAUCGGCGCUUUCAGGAAGUCCCUGCUGAUCCACGAAAGUAUACUCUACAGCAAUGAGCUCCAGAGCUUACUGAACAGAGGAGUCAUUGAAAAGAACAGCCGUGGCAAUGAACUUAGUUGCCCUCACGAGGUGAGCCUGGGCCAUAGCACAACCCAGCACAGUUUGAAACAUGGCAAUUGGGAGGGCACCAAAAAGUACAUCAAUCUCCCAAAACAUCAUUCCGAGCAGAUUUCAGGAUGGCGUGCGGAUGUCGAAGGUCUUCAAAACAAAAGCAACAUGAGCUGCGGCAUGGUGUUCGGAGAGUUGGCGGAAAAGUAUAGAUCGAUGGCCAUGAAUGCAGAGCUGGAAGGAUCCAUGAUCGAUCGGAAACCCACCCCUGAAGCACCGCAAGCCUUCCAUGAGGAAGUCUUGACUCGACAAUAUAUCAGUCCAUACAACCUAAACGAGCGCGCCAAGAAGCUCAAUGUUCCAGGAGGCCCUGAGAUGCCCUGCAUCUGCGACCCCGAAUGCAUUUGCGCACCUCUUUGCGCUAGCGAUCCAACCCAGAAUUGCUUGUGCGAGGAAAACGGGCUAUUUGUCCGCGUCACCGAGGGCAUGGAUAUUGACGAUCUUGAUGUGCCCGACUUGGUUAGACGCAAGAGACGACUUUCGGAGGCCAGCGAAAGCAGUACAGCUUCGCUCAACACUAGCGACCGACCGUCUUCUCAAUGGCCCAUCUAUUCAGCUGCCUACGUCGGUGCGGUCACUCAGUUAGAUGAUCAGCUUCGAGUUAUGGAUGAGGUUGACAAGCAAAUACGCGAACAGAAGGCUCAAGCAUCAUAUAAUGUCGAAGUCCCAAGCCCAAUGGUAGACACUGCAAGCCAGCUCGAUGAUGUGCUUUCGAUGAGCGGCAUACUUGAAGUAUCCGAGGGAAACGAUGGCCUCUUCUGGCAGGACAGAUUGAGCAUGCCGCGGUUGAGGAUGUCGGAUUUCACCCACUACCAACUUAGACAACCAUUUUCGAAGCAGUGCGACCAUCCACCAAAACGACAGUCUGUUGCUGAACGCCUAUUCAAGACUAAGACCAGCAGUAUGGCUGCACACAAGAAACACGCGGCGAUUGAUCAGCCUACGCAGGGUCAAAAUAUCAAUUGCAGCAGUACCAGCAAAGUAGUGAAGCAGGCAAACAAGCGAUUACUUGCCGACAUCUCCUUCACAGGUUUGAGGUUCACUCGUCGCCGGGGCUCGCACGGCCAUGGAGCUUGA